AAGGCACACGGCCACUAAGGGCGCACAGCCAGUGACUGCUCCUGCUGUUCCCUCCUGAGCCUCAGUUGCCCUCCAGAACAUCACGAUGCUCAAGUCUGUCACAGAAAGCUUUGCGAGAAUGAUUCACGGCUUGAAGGUGGACCACCUGACAGACAGUGUCAUUCAGAGAAGCAAGAGAAUGAUCCUGGAUUCUCUGGGCGUCGGUUUCCUGGGAACAGGCACUGAAGUGUUCCAGAAAGUCUUGCAAUAUAGUAAAAUCUACAGUUCCAAUACUUCCAGCACCGUUUGGGGGCGACCAGACUUCUGGCUCCCACCCACAUAUGCUGCUUUUGUUAAUGGUGUCGCUGUUCACUCCAUGGAUUUCGACGACACAUGGCACCCUGCCACCCACCCUUCUGGAGCCGUCCUACCUGUCCUCACAGCCUUAUCAGAAGCCCUGCCUGAGACGCCAAAGGCUUCUGGCCUUGACCUGCUGCUGGCAUUCAAUGUUGGUAUUGAAGUACAAGGGCGACUGCUGCACUUCUCCGAGGAAGCCAAGGACAUACCAAAGAGGUUUCAUCCUCCCUCUGUGGUGGGGACUUUGGGAAGUGCUGCUGCCGCAUCCAAGUUUUUAGGGCUCAGCUUGACAAAGUGCCGAGAGGCCCUGGCUAUUGCUGUUUCUCAUGCUGGGGCACCCAUAGCAAAUGCUGCCACUCAGACCAAGCCCCUUCACAUUGGCAAUGCAGCCAAGCAUGGGAUGGAAGCCACAUUUCUGGCAAUGAUGGGUCUCCAAGGCAACAAGAAGAUCUUAGACCUAGGGUCAGGGUUUGGUGCCUUCUAUGCCAACUACUCCCCCAAAGACCUUCCAAGCCUGGAUUCUCAUAUCUGGCUGCUGGAUCAGCAGGAUGUAGCCUUCAAGAGCUUCCCGGCCCACCUGGCUACCCACUGGGUGGCAGAUGGAGCUGCGGCUGUGAGAAAACACCUUGUGACUUCAGAAGGAACCCUGCUUCCUGCUGACCACAUCGAGAGAAUUGUGCUCAGGGUCCCUGAUGUCCAGUAUGUAAACAGGCCCUUCCCAGACUCAGAGCAUGAAGCCCGCCAUUCCUUCCAGUAUGUGGCCUGUGCCAUGCUGCUCGAUGGUAGCGUCACUGUGCCAUCCUUCCAGAGCCAGCACAUCAACAGGCCUCAGGUGAGAGAGCUGCUCGAGAAGGUGGUGCUGGAGCACCCUCCUGACAACCUGCCAAGCUUCAACACACUGUACUGUGAAAUGAGCAUCACUCUAAAGGAUGGAACCACCUUCACCGAGCGCUCCGACACCUUCUACGGUCACUGGAGGAAACCGCUGAGCCAGGAGGACCUGCAGAAGAAGUUCCGCACCAAUGCCUCAAAGGUUCUCUGCAGGGACACAGUGGAAAGCCUUUUGAAGGUGGUCGAAAGUCUAGAAGACCUAGAAGACUGCUCCAUGUUAACCACACUUCUGAGAGGACCCUAUGCCCAAGAGGAGGUCUCAAAACUCUCCGGCAUGGUCUCCUUCCAUCGCACAACCCUGCCCAUCUGAACAACUUAGCACUAGAAGAGAUACAACAUUUGCUUUAUUGCUCCAUCUUCUCCAGCAAUGAGAGAGCAAGGUAGAGAGUCCAGAAACAGAGAUAACUGUAUUUGAAAGGAGUCCUGUAAGUCUGAUAGGACCAUUUCUACUACCUUCAAGAUAAUAUUCAAGAAACAAGAUCUGCUGUGUAUUCGAAAGGGUAAAGUCUAAAGCACCUGUGGUCCACUUUUAAUCUUCUCUGAGGAAUUAUUUAUUAACUCUGGGAACUUCACAGGUGUAGAGGAAGUUGAACCUGUGUGCUUCUGGCUGUAGGUGGAGCAGCAAGCGUGGUCUGGCCACAGCAGAUCCAGAGAGGGUGGGAACUGUCUCACUGUCUCACUGUCUCACCCUCCUCUCUGAAAUGGCUGAUUGGAGGCAGCAACUGCUGCCUCUUUUUUUUUUUUUUUUUUUUUUUUUUACCGUACAUAGCCCUGGAUAUGUAGCCAAGAACCCUCUGCUUCAGCUUCUCUUCUGCAGAGAUAAGGCAGUCUAGGAUGGAGUAGGGAAGCAGUUUGGCUUAGGACCCAUGCUUUUAUUCUUUAUGAUAGAUGGUCUGUUAGCUCAAAAAAUUAUUGUGAGAAAAUACGACAAUUCAGAGGCACAAUAAAAAAAAUCAAAAGUGUAAAGAUAUAACUGUGUGAGUAAUGAAAACAUCGACUAUAAAAGAUACAGAGGUCACAUUAGCAAUCAUGGUGAACGUUUUCUGAAUUCCUGGUGUUUUCAAGAAAAGAACAAGUCUUAGCUCCCUGUGUUGACUUGUAAGCAUUUACAUGGAAAUGUGUUGGGUGACCAUUUGAGAACUUCAACAGAACAUAUCAGUUCCCAGUUCAUAUAACUAGAAAGAAACCAAAAAAACAAAAAACGAUAAUACAAAGGAAGAAGAGACAAGAAGUAAAAAGAUGUGUAUUUAAAAAAAUCAAUCAAACAAGAUGUUUGGAAAUCAUCAUAUAAAAUUAUAGAAUACUGGGAAUAUCUAUAAUUCAAAAUACAAACAAACAAAAACAAGAAAUGCUCUAGCUAGGUAGAACCAAGAUUGUUAGACCAUGCUUUUAAAAAAUGCUUAGCAGUUUUAUUGAUGUUUUAUUAAUCACCCACUUGAAGUGUACAGUUCAAA